UCCUCCUUGCACGGCUGGCGACAGGGCUAACAGUGGAGCUGCUGAACUGUUGAUCGGCCGAUGUGGACCGACCUGGAGGGCCUUCAGAAUGACCGCUCUGGCCCGUGAGUGAGCCGUGAGCGUUUGACCCAUCUGCUGAGUCAGCAGCCCUCUCACUUGUGCUUUUCUCUUUUUCCUGUUGCAGGAAGUCUGAGCACUGAGGGACGGGCGAGCCAGACGACCUGCCGGUCAGACACACACACACACACACACACACACACACACACACUCGCAGCGUACGCCAGCGGGAGCGCUCACCGACACCGCGCGCGGCCCAUCAGGGAUGCACGCUGACUGACGGGUCGACGCUAACGCCCAGCUGCUAGCCCCGCCGCGCCGCGCCGCCGCAGAGAGAGAGAGAGAGAGCGAGCGAGGAGCCGCGUGAAGGAGAAGGCGUCCCGCGGCGAUGGCAGACCCAGACCCGUCGCCCCCCGCCGAGCCCCCGCUGCGCUCCCCGCGGGCCCCCCUCUCCCUCUCCUUCCCCUUCCUGAGGGAGGGCAGCCGCAUUUGGGAGAGGAAGCCCCUCCAGCCCGGGGAGCUGCCCAGCCCCCUGCCCACCAAGCGCACGCGCACGUACUCGGCCACGGUGCGGGCCACAUCUGGGCCGGUCUUCAAGGGCGUGUGCAAGGCCUUCUCCAGGUCGCAGGGUCACGGCUUCAUCCGGCCCUCCCACGGGGGCGAGGACAUCUUCGUGCACAUCUCUGAUAUCGAGGGAGAAUACGUGCCCAUGGAGGGAGAUGAGGUGACGUACAAGGUGUGUCCCAUUCCGCCCAAAAACCUGAAGAUCCAGGCUGUGGAGGUGGCGAUCAUUCACCCGAACCCCAGUAGCAAGCAUGAAACCUGGUCUGGCCAGAUAAUCAGCUCUUAGGCUUCAGCUCCGGCCUAGUGCUGUCAUGGAGGAAGCUGGAGGGCGGAGGGGGGAGGGGGGAGGGGGAGGAGGGGGGGGUGGGAUGGACAGGAUGAGGAUGUGAACGAUGAAGGGCGAUGAAAACCAGAGGAGCAAAAAGGAUGUGGGAAGUGAAAGAGGGCUUAUUUAAGGAAGUGAAAGCAUAAACGGUCGGCAUGGAGACGGGAGUUGGAUGGAGGUUGAGUGUUUUUUCUGCUAUGUACACUUAAAGGCGGGAAUGCGUGGAAGAGUAAAGAAGGAAACAGGGUUACACGUGUCUUUGUUUUUGGGAAUACUAAUGGGGUCUUGGAAUGUGUUUUGGGAUAGAAAGUUGAAAAGAAGAGGAGCUUGAGGUGGAUGGGGUUGGGGGGGUACUUUAGACAGGAGGAGUAUAGAAAAGGCUGAUCAGAGUGGGUAGGAUUUUGGUAUUAGGUAAACACAUAUAUUUUACUGUGAAAUGAAAAGCAACAAUUCUUCCUUAAUUUCAUGAUUUUGUCAGUCUUUGUAUUUGUAUUUUUACCGUUAUUUAUCUUUAUUUAUUUAUUUAUUUAUUUUCAGUCACCAGUACAGAUUUUGUAUUUGAGUUGGGUUUUUUAUGUUAUGGGAUUACUGGGAAUAAUUUUUGAGUUUGUGCUCUGUACAGACCUUACAGAUUUUAUGCCUCUGGGCAUUGUAGUCAAAACUGCACAUAACCAUAGACUAUUCUAUAUUAAGUACUGCCAAACUGACUACAGUCCCCAUGGUUAAUGUCAAGGCUAUUCAGGGUAGGUAAUAUAGCAUUGUAGUCCAGUUUGUGAAUGUGGGCUGUUACAUUAUCAAAGUAAAGCUCUGGUAAUUAACAGGGUACAAACCCCCUUUUUCUAUUAAGAUAGAUAAAUCUAAUUUAUCUAAUAUCUAAAAACUCAUUAAUUUCAUUGUAUGAAACCAUAAUAAUUUAUGUGCUUGAAAUGUGAUAAAUGAUAUAAUUGUUUCUAUAAUAUACACCACUAUCAUGUCCAGUGAAUCCAUUUCUUUUGCCAUUAUUGUUAAACUAAUUUCUGAUACUAAAUGUACAAGAACGUUUUGUUUCUUCAACCCACUGUAAUUCAGAGCACUUUCUUUUUGGUCAAACCACUGUGACUGGCAUUAGGUCAUGAUAAACUAAUUUAAAUAAAUUCUUUUACGAUGCACAA